CGCCCAGCCCCUGACAAGACAUGGACUCCGUCUCUAUCAGCGCGCGGCUCGCCGGGGCUGUGAUCCACAUCCGUAGAGAUGCACCUAGGCGGAUCUAGGAAACUCUGUCACCCAAACUAAACCCAAAACUGGCUGGCCCUUUAUCGAGGUGGCUACCACGCCUAGGCAACCUGCAGUGUGCUGAGACAGCGCGCUCACAUAUAUCUACACAAUGCGCCCCUUCAGAUAAGAGAUCUUUGUCGCUGUUCUGCACACUCUUCGGCCUCCGGUACAGGAAUACCUUCCACUCAUUCUUUCUUUCACCCACACUCAUUGAUCUAGAGUCCGAGACUCGAUAACCCUCAUUUCAAACACCAAAAAGCAAUCCUUUACCGGUUCAUUCCAACGAUCUGAUAUCCUGAUACCCCUUCAAAUAACGACAUUAUGCUCACCAACAUCUUUGCUGUUACGGCGGCCAUGGCCGCCACCGCCUCUGCCUUUGACUGCAGUGGCCACUACUUCAGCUUCUUUAACCGCGCUGGACCUAUGUCCUACCAGCGUCUUGACCCUGCUCUCUUCCCCGGAACCGAGAGUCCUCAUCUUCACUCCUUCGAUGGCGGUAACGCGCUCGCUGCGUCCUCGAACUUCGAUGGCCAGAUGGGAUCCACCUGCACCACUGCCCGCAUAAAGCCCGACAAGUCCCUCUACUGGCGCCCUACCCUUUUCUGGAACGGUAACAACACUGGUUUCUACCGUGUUCCUGAGCAGGCCGCGAAGAUUUACUACAAGUUCGGCGAGUCGGGUGCUUGGGCCAACGUCACUGAGUUCCCAGAGGACUUCAACAUGAUCGCUGGUGACCCAUUCAAGCGCUCUGACGGUGACAACCCGGCUGGCGUCCGCUGGGCGUGCCACCAGCCUGACGGCCGCGAUGACAAGAUCUUCACCAACGGUUUCCCUACUGGCUUCCAGUCCUGCAACUACGGCUUCGCUUCCGAGGUCACCUUCCCUUCGUGCUGGAACGGCCAGAAGCUGAACCCCAGCAGCCCCAGUGCUCACAUGGCUUACCCUACCAACGGCCAGGGCGUCGGUAUCGAGAACUGCCCUACCACUCACCGUGCUGCUCGCUUCCCUACCAUCUUUAUCGAGUUCUGGUACGACAUCUCUUCGUUCAACGGCCAGUACAGCUCCAGCUCCUCUCCUUGGGUCCUGUCCAACGGUGACCCCACCGGUUACGCCAUGCACGCUGACUUCCUCAACGGUUGGGAGAAGGGUGUUCUUGGCAAGGCUACUCAGGAGACCGGUGGCUGCAACUGCGGUUGCGGCUGCGGCAACGAUCAGAUGAAGCAGUGCUUCGGCGAUGACAAGGUCAACGAUGAGAAGGACGCUGGCUUCGCCGAGUGCUCUGCUGGCACUGACAACUCUGCCACUACCAAGGUCGACAAGCUCCCUGGAUGCAACCCCAUCCAGUCUGGCCCUGCUCGUGCUACCGCUAUUUCUGGUGCGGGCUGCAACGCUGCUCCCGUCGCCGGCGCUACCAGCGCUCCCGCCUCCGCAGCCUCCUCUGUUGCAUCUGCUGCCUCCUCUGCUGCCUCGGACGUCGCAUCUGCCGUCUCUUCCGUCAAGCCUGACGCUGUCUCUACCUCUGCCCCUGCUAGCUCGGUAGUCACUCCCUCCUCCAGCCGCACUCGUCGUGUCCGCAGCAGCACCAGUGCCGCGGCCGCCAGCAUCAGCUUCGUCAACAAGGGCGUCGUCGGCGCCGAGGAUGCCUACCCCACUGGCAGCGACGCCAGCAGCACCCCCGCAGCCGUCGAGUCCAUCUCUGCCCCCUUCCCCUUCCCCAGCGGCAACUCCACCGUUGCUGCCACUGCCACUGGCUCCUACUCCUCCUACCCUACCGGCUCGGCAAGCAGGAAGCCCCACGGCCACAACCACAGCAAGUUCCACCACUCUUCCAAGACCACUGCUGUGCCUGCUGGCAACACCGGCUACCCCACCGCCCCCAGCAACUCUGGCGACGAUGUCGAUGCCGAGGCGGAGAAGCCGAGCUGCUCGACUCAGGCUCCCGUUACUGUGACCUUCACGCCCACCAUCACGGUGACUGCGCAGACUGCGGCCGUCAACAGCACCUCGGUCCUCACUCUAACCAGCACCGUCACCGUGGUGCAGACCGUCAAGGCCAGCGCCAGCGGGUACAAGUUCUAGAUGCUUUGUGUUGGGAGAACGC